UACAGGUAGUCGGUGGCGGCUGGAAUUCGGCUGUCGUCGGGGAGGGACUGGAAACCGAGUAGUCGGCAACAGAUAGCCUGGUACAUAUACCGGAGGAGCGGGCGGCCCCGUCGACCAGACCAUCCGCGCGCUAUGAAGAGUGCGAUCAUACUACUGUUGGGGCUGGCGGCCGUGGUGGGGGCCAUCCCCAUGCCGCCCGCCAUCGGCCAACCGGACCUGAUGCAGCUCAUCCUCAGCGCUAUCCCUGAGGACAACGACAUACUCGGCGAUGAGAUGAAGGUUCGGCCCGAGGUAGAUGUGGUGUCGAGCAGUCAAGAUCCGGCCCAGGAUCAGGAAGCACUCGCGGUCCAGCCUCCCAGUGAAGAGCAACCCAAAACUGCACCGGAUCAGGAGGGUGAACAAAACGUUUUAGACACUGAUCAGAGCCAGGCACCCACAGAACAGGAGACGCAGCAUAUUGAUGAGAAAUUAGCACCUCAAGUAGAAAGUAUAUAUGAACAGCCACAGCCAGAGGUGGAACAGCCACAGCCAGAGGUGGAACAGCCACAACCAGAGGUGGAACAGCCACAACCAGAGGUGGAACAGCCACAACCAGAGGUGGAACAGCCACAACCAGAGGUGGAACAGCCACAACCAGAGGUGGAACAGCCACAACCAGAGGUGGAACAGCCACAGCCAGAGGUGGAACAGCCACAACCAGAGGUGGAACAGCCACAACCAGAGGUGGAACAGCCACAGCCAGAGGUGGAACAGCCACAACCAGAGGUGGAACAGCCACAACCAGAGGUGGAACAGCCACAACCAGAGGUGGAACAGCCACAACCGCAAGUGGAACAAGCAGAUGUACAAUAUGAACCUGAUACGCCCAUUGGGGACUUUGGCGAAGUUAACUCUCCAGUUAAUCGUGGCACAUUGGAAGAGAUGGCACAAGACAUUUUUCGCCUAUUCGUUCCCGGUUAUAAUCAUGAAGAAAAUCUCAACACGGGAGAGCAGACUUCAGAGGCUGCUCUUCCCACUGACACAUCUUCCGAUAUGGGUUUGAUUCAUCCGAUGGAGAAUACUCAAAUUGAAGAGUUUUCUCCAGAGUUAUCAGCCAAUGUUGAAGCACAAUUUGGACGAGAAGAAUACUACCCUAAUACCCCAUCUGAGAGCGACGCUGAAGUUCCAACAGUUUUUGAACCAAUUGAUGAAGACAUCUUACCGGUCAACGAAGACGUCAUUGUAAUGUUGAGAGAGGAACAUCCUAUGGACGAAACUCGUGAAGUUCCAUUUGCGCCAAACACCGAUUACUUAAUGGAAUUUACAUCUGAACCAGAUACACAAGAAGAGGUAUCACUGGCGGACUUUUUCAUUCCAAGUCCCGAGAGUCCACCUUCUGAAGACUCUCCAGUUGAGGAAAGUCCCUAUGAUUUGGCUCCUGAAGAUGAAUUCAUCGUUCAUGAAGAUGUGGCACCACAGGUAGAAGAGACUGCCCCUUUGUCAAAUGACUACUUUUAUAACGAUGAAGAACAAUACAUGACUGAAGAGCCAGUUGUAAGGUUCCAUCAGGAUAUUCCUGGAGAGGUUGACGGGCCUGAAGCUGUGGAUUUACAGUCUGAUUUCAUGGUUCCAGACGAAGAAGUUGCAUCAGAGGGAAUAAAUAUGCCAGAUGUUGUCCCAGACGAAGAAAACAUUGCACUGGGAAGCUCUGACGCUCCAUUCAACAGCGACUCGUUGCCCGUUACUACGCUUCCGGACCAACUUACGCCAGAGCACCUUAAUGAGGAUUUAAUAGAACUCAAUCAAAAUUCCUUCCAGGACAGCAUAAUCCCAGUUCUGGUAAUAGAGAACAGCCCCACACCAACAGCAGACAUGAGAGAGUCGCUCUUGAUGAUGGAGGAAGAUCAAACUCCCAAUGGUUCUCAAAAUGAUGUUGUUGAUAUCAUUGUAAUGAAUGACCCACAGCAAGACACUGACGAAAACAUGAUGCCUGUCAUUCCAAUUAACGAAGAGCCGAUCAUCAGUGAGGAACGACCUCUGCCAAUUGCUGAAUUUUCGUUAGACAAUUACCCAACUCCUAUUACUCGAGACCAGCAAAUGCCCUGGACGCGUGACGACGACAACAACCCUCAAAUAAUCUUCCCUAGUAACGACGAAAUUAGCCAAAUGCUUCGAGUGUCUCCCCAGCAGUUUAGAGAAGAUCCCAACUUCCUAGCAGCCGAGGACCCGCUCGUGGCAGAACCUCAAACACCCAACAUUGAUACAGACGAAGACAAUAUGUCUCCGUUCCCAAUUCAGCCAGAGAUCACGCAACAACUACCAAACAUUGAUGUGAUGAGAGAUAACAUGCCUCCGUUCCGCACACAGUUUGAUAUUUCUCAAGACACGCCAACCAUUGAUAUGAUGAGAGAUAACAUGCCUCCGUUCCGCACACAGUUUGAUAUUUCUCAAGACACGCCAAACAUUGAUAUAAUGAGUGAUAACAUGCCUCUGUUUCCCAGUCGGUUUGAUAUUUCUCAACAAACUCCAAACAUUCGCAUAAUCAGAAACAAUAUGCCGGUUCAGUUCUCACCCCAGUCAGAGAUGCCGCAAGAGGCACCAGACUUCACGAGCUCAGUGUUCCCUGAUGACACUAUUGGCUCGGGUAGUGACCUGGAAUCAUACCGGGAAAGAUAUAACGAAGUCUCUGACAUCAACGAAGAACCAAACAACUUUCCAGGAAGGCAAGAGGAAGCCUCACCUUUCCAGCCCAACAUACACAACUAUGACAUAUACAGACAACAGCACAGUAUUCAAAUGUUCCCUCAACCGUUCCAACUGAAAGGGGACUAUCCACAACAGCUCAGUGGUCCUGGACGCCGAAGAGUGCUCGGGCCAGACUUCAGAGCUUUUCAACAAAUUGUUAUGCCAGAAGAGAGGCGCGAGGAGAACUUUUAUCCACAGGCAUCAGCAAGACUGGAAAGCCUAGUUCGAAAUCCUUUUGAGAAUUAUGAACCUUUUUAUACCAGAAUUGAGCCCGAGGUAAGUGAGAGAGCUCAAAUGAUGAGAACUUUAAAUUCGCCGCUUGCUUUUGAUAGGUUUAACCAGCUUCCGUUAAAUAGGUUCGACCAACCUAUACCAAAUAGGUUUGACCAGCCUAGGUCAGAUAUGUUCAACCAGCAAAAGUCAAAUGUUUUCGACCAGACGAUUUUAGAUAUUUUCGACCAGCCUAGGCCAAAUAUUUUCGACCAGCCUAGGUCAAAUAUUUUCGACCAGCCUAGGUCAAAUAUUUAUGACCAGGCUAGGUCAAAUAUUUAUGACCAGGCUAGGCCAAAUAUUUUCGACCAGGCUAGGCCAAAUAUUUUCGACCAGCCUAGGUCAAAUAUUUUCGACCAGCCUAGGUCAAAUAUUUUCGACCAGCCUAGGUCAAAUAUUUUCGACCAGCCUAGGUCAAAUAUUUUCGACCAGCCUAGGUCAAAUAUUUUCGACCAGCCUAGAUCAAAUAUUUUCGACCAGCCUAGGCCAAAUAUUUUCGACCAGCCUAGGCCAAAUAUUUUCGACCAGCCUAGGCCAAAUAACUUUAACCAGCCUCGUUCAAAACGCCUUAACCAGCCUCAAUCACAGUACGACAUAGAAAUAUAUCCAAUAGACGUUUCCUUUACUCCAAAUGAUAAUCCCUUCGCGCCGUCAUCUCCCUAUAAGAGUCGUGCUCAGCAGUAUCCAACUUACCAACAAUUACCGGACGAGGCUACCUUCAGAACCAAGUACUCGGCUCCCUACGAAACACCAGAUUACUCCAACUCCGAGAGCUACUCAGACUAUUAUUCCUCUACUCCCCUUCGUAGUAGCUAUGACCCGGAGUUCUUCUUUAACAACCGCAAUAUUAGGAUGAGAGGUCCCUCUCCUCCUUGGUAGAGACAGCACCAGGUGUGUAUGUGGGUGUGUCUCUCUCUCUCUCGCAGGGAACACGUCAGUCUUCAUAACACACACCAUCUCUCACAAAAAAAAAAAUUAAAUAUUAAGGUGUUGGAAAUAAAAUGUACAGCUUUUCAAUAUUCUAGACAAAAGCAGAAAACAAAAGUGUACUCAGCUUGAGAUGUACAUUUUGAUAUACUUGAAAAAUAUUGUUAUUGUAUAUUCCUUAAAAGUGUAUAAACCCCCAAAAUUAAGAUAAAUAUUUUUAAACUACUUUACUGAGCUCUACAAUCAUGUUUAGUAGUUAUGUCAGUUGGUCAAAUUGGUUUGGGGUGAAUUGUUGAUAAAUGUGUAAAUGUUUACGGGGAUGAGGCGUUAAACCCCGCUAUAAACGACACACUCACCAAUGCGGAGUGCAGAGGCAUGUAUGGAACUUGUGGCAUUUUAUAUACAUUUAAUGAUAUGAAAUUAUUUACUAUAUCUAUGUCAUUAAAAAAGAAAAGCC